AUGGACAAGAACCAAUCAGUCCACGUCACGAUGGACAAGAACCAAUCAGUGCACGUCACGGUGAACAAGAACCAAUCAGUGCACGUCACGGUGAACAAGAACCAAUCAGUACACGUCACGGUGAACAGGAACCAGUCAGUCCACGUCAUGAUGGACAAGAACCAAUCAGUCCACGUUACGAUGAACAAGAACCAAUCACUUCACGUCACAGUGGACAAGAACCAGCCAAUCCACGUCAUGAUGGACAAGAACCAAUCAGUCCACGUAAUGAUGGACAAGAACCAAUCAGUCCACGUCACUGAACAAAAACCAAUCAGUCCACGUCACGAUGGACAAGAACCAGUGAGUCCACGUCACGAUGGACAAGAACCAAUCAGUACACGUCACGGUGAACAAGAACCAGCCAGUCCACGUCAUGAUGGACAAGAACCAAUCAGUCCACGUUACGAUGAACAAGAACCAAUCACUUUGCGUCACAGUGGACAAGAACCAGCCAGUCCACGUCAUGAUGGACAAGAACCAAUCAGUCCACGUCACAGUGGACAAGAACCAAUCAGUCCACGUUACGAUGAACAAGAACCAAUCACUUCACGUCACAGUGGACAAGAACCAGUCAGUCCACGUCACGAUGGACAAGAACCAAUCAGUCCACGUCACGAUGGACAAGAACCAAUCAGUACACGUCACGGUGAACAGGAACCAGUCAGUCCACGUCACGAUGGACAAGAACCAAUCAGUCCACGUUACGAUGAACAAGAACCAAUCACUUAA